GUGAUUUCCAUCAAAAUCAUGGUCACACCAUGGAGGAGUGUAAUCAGCUGAAAUCUGAAUUACAAAGCUUAGCUCGAAAGGGGAUGUUAAAUGAAUAUGUCCAGAGAACAUAUCAGCCUACCUUUGUCAAGGAACAAGAUUUACAGUCACAGGGGACUCGUAAUGCAAAUAAUAGACAAGGAGUGGGAUACCAACAAGCUCCACCACCCCUCCCACCACCGGCUAGAAUCAUUCACAUGAUCACAGGUGGCCUAAAAGCAGGACGUUUGAGCUCUAAACAACGGAAAUUAUAUGUUAGGAAGGUAAAACACCAAAACAUGGCCCAGAAACGAAAGUUUGAUGAUGCAAAAUGGAAGAAUCAACCCAUCACCUUUACACCUGUUGACUUCAAUGGAGUGAUAUUGCCUCAUAACGAUCCAUUGGUCACUUAUGUUAUGAUUAACAAUUGUGAGGUACAGCGUGUCCUUGUUGACACGGGCAGUGCACCAAACAUCAUGUAUUACCAUUGUUUUGAAAGUUUAGGGCUGGAUCCAGCUCUGUUACAGAGGUAUGACGGUCUUAUAUAUGGCUUUAACAAACAACUUGUUCAGGUUGAGGGGAUCCUUACCCUCAAUAUUGCAUUUGGAAGUGACCGAACUUAUGUUACUCCUUCAACCUCAAAAACCGCCCCACAAGAAGUCUACGAUAUCCAACAGAUUGGCAGAAACUUAGAAGUUUAUGUUGAUGACAUUGUUGUGAAAAGCUUGAAGGUUAAAGAUCAUAUAGCUGACCUGGAGGAAACUUUCAAUAAUUUGAGGCAGGGUAUCAAGGUCAACCCUGAGAAUAUCAAAGCAAUAAAAGAGAUGGGACCUCCGAAGUCAAUGAAAGAAGGACAGAGGUUAACUGGUAGGGUGGCAGCCCUCCACAGAUUUGUUUCCAAAUCUAUUGACAAGUGUCUUCCAUUCUUCAAGAUUAUGAGAUCUACGGCUCAAAAAGACGAAUCUGGCAAAUAGAAAAAAUUUGAGUGGAGUUCAGAAUGCUAAGCUGCAUUUGGUGAGCUCAAGUCUUACCUUAGCUCACCUCCAUUGUUAACGAAAGCUGUUGAUGGGGAAAUCCUUUACUUGUACCUUGGUAUCUGACAUGAGGCAAGUAGUUUAGUACUAGUAAGAGAAGAAGGAAAGCAGGAUAAGCCAGUUUACUAUACCAGCAAAGUGCUACACUGAGCAAAAUAGAGGUAUUCCAUUGUU